AUGGGGCGUAGUAAUCGUAUUUCAUCCAACGGAUCUCCAACCCGUCCAGAUGAAUUGAAAUGCAAUGUGGAUGUGAAGUCCGAACCUUUGGCACCUAUCUUCAUCAAAAUCGAAAAAGGAAUGGAUGUAAUCCAUGUCCUACAUGCUUAUGCAUUGAAAUUGAAACUAGGAUUACUCAUACUUUCUGCGUUGGGAUUUGUGCGUAAAGUUAUUUUACCUAUGGGUUCUAAGAAAACUUAUGAUGAGGGCGUCUACCAAAUAAUGUCGUUAUCGGGUAGAAUUAUACCUCUUAAAACGGGAGAAAUUGAUGGGGAGAUAAACCUUGUUAUGUCUGAUGCUCAUGGUGCAACGGUUGGAGGAAUAGUGCAAAAUCUUGUUGCUGAAACCACUGUUGAGGUGAUUGUAUGCCCAUCCUAUUAUGAUCCGUCUAGGUCUCAUCCAUUUUAUUUCCAUCCUCCAUUGAUAUUUGGCAAUCCCUUUUUGCCAAGUUCUAUUGAUCAAUGCGCUAGCAAUCAAAGUUCUAGCGAACGAACUUCUAGUCAGACAAGCUCAAUCAAACCAACCUCUAACCAUCCAAGCUCUAACGAACCAAGCUCCAGUGAGUCAAGCUCUAUGGAUGCAAGUUCUAUCCAUGCAAGCUCUAUCGAUGCAAGUUCUAUCCAUGCAAGCUCUAUCGAUGUAAGCUCUACCGAUUCAGACUCUAGUGAUCCAAACUCUAGCGAUCGAAACUCUAGCGAUUCAAACUCAAGUGAUUCAAUGUCAAGGGAUCCAAGUCUUUGA